CUUGAGACAUCUUUCAAUAUUGAUGGAAGUGUUUUGGUUGUUAUCCCCCACCCGCCUACUAUUAUUUCCCCUCCCCCCACGUUCUCUUGCACGACGUGGGACGCUCGCGCAGCUCUUGCUGGUGCUUGGCGCCGCUGUUCAGCCUUCCAUUAAAUAAAGGUCCAUAUCAUGUUUUCCAUGUUUCUCGUCACCUUCCUCUCCGCUGUUAUCCUGCUAUGUCUAUUUUCACCUGCAGUCAGAAGGUCUAUCAUGGCUGGUGAUGACAUCCUCGACGCCCACGAGUCAGGUUUAGCCCUCGUCGCGUCUCGCAAUCCAUUCAGGGAAUCAGGCCCUCCAGUGUGCAUGGCCAAACUUAUCAUGCUGAGGCAUAAAAUUCAGACGGGUACACGCAAACGUAGAUCCCCGACACCCACACGCCAGUCACGAAAUCUUGGACUCAUUCAACCCACUCGCCCGCGCGCUUCUUGGGUUCGCUUUGGAAGAAACUUUGGACAUCAAUCCCACUAAAUUACCAGCAUCUUCAAUUAUUUGACGUUUAUUUGGGCGUAGAGCCUUUUCCGCCCGUUAUUUAUAUCUCGGUGAUACCCAUCUUAUCGCUUCUAGAUAUCUGCCUUUUCAUAUUUUCUGGGUGUACAUCCUCUCUUUGCACUACCAUCAUGACUUUUGCUUUGUGGACAUACAUGUUCCUUGUUUGCAUUGUUACUUUGCAGCGAUGUUACAGGUCAUUUAUAGGUGGAAAAUAAAUGUACAGAAUAGACA